AUGGCCCGGUCGUACGGUGGCCGGGUGCUGGCCGCGAUGACCUUGCUGGGCAUCCCCGCGGCCGUGCUGGCGGCACUGGGAGCGCAGCUGCUGUUCCAGCUGCAGGCGGGCCGCGCCGAGCUUCGGGGACUGCGCGUCGACGGGCUCGGCCCGGAGCUGGGCGCCGGCCCCGGGCUGCCCGAGGACGCGGCCGGGGCGCUGCUGCCGCUGGCCGCCGCGCUUGCCGCGCUCGCCCUGGUGUUGGGCCUGACUUGCCUUCUGCUAGCGGCGCUCUGCGGCCACCUGGGCGCCGAGCUGGCGCGGGGGCCCGGCCCCGGCAGGUCUGACUGGUUUCUCUAUGACUGCCGUCUCCUCAGACACGUGGCCCUUGGCCUUUUCUGCUGUGGGGUCUCUGUCUACUUAGCAGCACUGUCCAUCUACGCCCUGCUGCUCUUUGAGAUCGAGACAGGUGCAGCAGCCGCCUCCAUCCUUGGAGUGGGUGCUCUGGUCCUGGUGGCGGCGCUGACCCACACUCUGCUCCGAGCUGCCCAGGCCACCCGCCGUGGCCUCCAUGAACUGUCCCCACCACACUUUGAAGACGACCCUGUUCGCCCUGCUGAAGUCUCCAAGGCCAGCCCCAGGGCUCAGCCCCAGCAGGGUACCCACCACCAAACCCCCUACUCAUCCUGCCCAGAACCUGGGGACCCCCUCAGACCCACAGUCACUGCUACAGCACCUGCAGCCAUGGGGGGAGGCCGGGAGAGCAGCCUGCCUUUAUCCCGCUUGCACCGGACACUACCGGCUGGCAGGGGCCACUGGGAAGGGGUUACCCACGAGAUGCGUAGCAUGCUGGGCCACCGGUCACGGGGCUCAGGGAAGGACUCUACACUGGUGUGA